AACCUAAAAAAAAGUUUGUUUAUUGUUUUAAGUAAUUUUCUUGUUGGUAUUUUUCUGUCAAGUGUGUUUUGAUUAAAAUAUUGAUUAACGUAAUAUUUUGUACAUUUGUUUUACUCUUGCAUCUAUUUUCUUUUAAUUUGUAAUGAAUUCGGUAGAUUCUGGCGUGGAAACGGGAAAUGAUAGCAAUGACAGUUGCGUUACACAUGAAUCUCAAGGUAGUUUUCAAGGGCCAAAUGUGUACGCUAAAACUAAGGCAUUGGCAAUUUAUAGUAGAGUUGGGAGUCAAAGUGAAAAACUUCCAGGAACGGGAAAUGGGGAGCCAAAUGGUGCCAGACUUGAAGUUCUGAACAAGAUGCACUUACCAGUGCCACAUUGUGAACCCCCAGCUGGUAUUGACUUUUGCAAUAUCCAACCUUCUCUUGGUCCAGGAAAUGGGUAUGAAAUUUCUAACCAAGCAAAAAUACUUACUUUGGCAGUUUAUGAAGGUGGCAAGUUACAGAGGAAGAUACGCACUUUCCGCAAUCCAUCUCGUCAUCCAAAAUUAUGUCAAGUUUUAGAGACCAUCAGAAGGCCUCUGAAUGAAAGAAGACUGUCUCUGGCAGUCAGCUUGAACAACGUAGACUUGGUCAAGUUGCUGCUGGAGGCUGGUGUUAACCCCAGCUGCUCCGACAAGGAGGGGCGCACUCCGCUCCACUUGGCAAGCAGUCGGGGCUUCACGGAGAUAGUGAGGUUGUUGCUGGACAAGGGUGCCAACCCCAACAUGAUAGAUGUUCUGGGAAACACCCCUCUCCACUUGGCGGUGUGCACCAGUGAGAUAGAGGUGGUCACGUUGUUGCUCAAGGCUGGGACGGAUGUGAACAGCAAUGACCACUCAGGUCGCAGCCCGCUGCAGUUGGCGCAGACCAAACUGAAGAUCAUACAGCAGUAUGGACGCAGCACACAUUCUGAGAAGCUUAGAAAUGAUGUGAUGCAGGUGAUAGAGAUGAUCGGCACGUACCUGCAGAAGAGGGGCCAAGCGGACGAAGCUGAGAUGAUCGGCCAGUUCUCGACCCGCCUCACGCUGAGCCAGACCAAGGAGCAGGUGGACUCGGACGUUCAGGACUUGUUGAACAGCUUGAGUAACCUGACCCUGGACAGAGCUAGCACAGCCUGCAGCUGAGCAUGCCUCGCAUGCCGGCCCCCUUCACACGGCGAAUCUUGGACUCUUGGGUGCAUUUUAAAGACUGACUCGAAAAAGCUUAAGUUUUUGUGUUUGGAUAUUUUAAAAGGUUCACAAUCAUGUUCAUUUUUUAUUGUUGUUUUGAGAUUAAUUUGUGGCUACCAAUCAAAUCUGAGCAUGUUUUUGUGAUGUACUAAGAUUCUAUUUAGUGGUUUGUUUGCUUGUAAUUUUUUUUGUAAUGGGUGUCUUGUUAUAAUAGAUUGAAUUAUUUACAUCUGUAUUUGAAAGGUUAAUUUUCAUGGUUUCAAUGAAUCAUACUUUCUUUCUAGAGUUUUGAUGUGUUUUGUUGUUUAAGACAGUGUAAUUGUCUGUUGUUUGAUUGUGAACUGUAAUGAAUUAAAUUAAAAUAGUAAUGGUGUUAAAGUGUA